GGGCUGAGGAUGAGGAGAGUGUGAAGGGAGCAGGGUAGACAGCAGAGGCAGAGUUCUGCCUCAUGCAAUAAGGCUCCCCUUGUACUGAAAGGAAAUUCAUGUCAGAAAUAGGGAUGAUUCUGAGAGUGAGGAGGAAAGGUAGAGCCUUACCAAAGAGUAGAAGGAUUAAGCAUGUGUGCUUCAGAAAGACGUCUCUUUUCCCCGUGCAAACUGGAGGUUAACUUGAAACAAAGUGAGGUGAAGACACUGAACUAUUUAGUCAGGAUGGAUUAUGGAGUUGCUGGAAGAGAUCCAACUGUGGGAAAGACUGCUUUAGCCCAGAUGUUCCGCACUGAUGGGGCUCAUUUCCAGAAGAACUACACACUGACAACGGGCAUAGAACUGUUGGUGAAGGCUGUAUCAAUUCCAGAGACAAGUGAUAGCGUGGAAUUUUUCAUUUUUGACUCUGCAGGAAAAGAUCUAUUUUCUGAAGUGCUGGAGAAACUGUGGGAGCAACCCAACGUCCUGUGCCUUGUGUAUGAUAUCACUAAUGAGCAAUCUUUCAACAACUGUGCUAAGUGGCUGGAGAAGCUGAAGGCUCAAGCAGCUGGGAUGCACAUCCCAGGUGUUUUACUGGGGAAUAAAACAGACCUAGUUGAUCGUCGAGUUGUGGACCAGAAACAAGCACAGGAGUGGGCUGAGAAACACGGCUUGGAAUACUGUGAGAUGUCAGUGAAGGAGAUGAAAAAUUUUGAUACCCCUUUCCACAUGCUGGCAAAGUCAUUCCACCAACUGUACAAAGAGAAAGUGGAAACUUUUCACUCACUAGCUUGAGGGCUGUGACUGGCAUGACUUACUUAUCCUCGCAGCUUGUUCUAAUGCCCAGAAACCUGCAGGGUGGAAUACAGAGUGAAGAAAAGAGAUGAGCUAUUUGCUUCUUCAUGGUCAUCUUCUGGUAAUUCAAAAUAAACUAGAAAUAAGCAAGUGGAAACACAGUCUUCUGCAGUUGCUACCUCAGCAUUCCUUUCAUGUCCUCUAACUUGGCUCUGUACUCACUGAAAGUCUGCUAGGUUGGAGGAGGCGGGGAGUAAAAGGGGAGGGCAGAAUGGAAAUAACCAGCUCUUUGCUUUGAUACUGUCAUGUGUCUUCCCUGAACAGACUUCCUGCUGCUACAAGGGAGGAUUUAGAGGUUUGGAGAAGGAGAGAGGAAGCUGACAGGAUGUUUUUCAACUUAAGCAACCCAGCAUAUGUUGCAGGGCAGGACUGAUUUAGCCCUGAUGCUUGAAAAGCAUUUUCAGUAGGAGGCCUACGCCCUAAAAUCAACACAUGGAGACCGAGAUAUGUGGGAACUAGGCUGGUUUUAGGUGUGUUUCUAGGAGUAUCCAGUGUUCGAGGCCUGUUUUAACAGCGUUACCCUUAUCAGUUGUAGGACUGAUAUGCUGAUGACUAAUAUGUGCUUGUGACUUCCAGAAUCUGGUUCUUUUCUUCAACGUGGCUCACUUUCAGUGCUUGGUAGGAACUGUCUUGCAUCUGCACCGCUAUCAAUUGGUAACGCAGUGCCCUCUGCUGGUCCCAGGUCACAAGGUUUCUCAAGGAGCUACUUCUGGAGGCGAGCAGGACUUCCUACAGGCAUAUCCAAACUGGCUGAUCUGCAAAAUGGGGUCAGAUAGCAAGAAUAUCUCUUUUAUUCUAAAUACGAGUGCAAAAUUUGAAACAAAUUCUCUUUUCUUCAUGUGUUUUUCAUCUUACGUGGUUUUAUGUCAUUUUUCUUUUUAUCAGCUGAACUCAGCAAUACCAUGCUCUUAGUAGGCUCAGACUAGAAUGAGAGUCCUCUCUGUUGUUAAACUUUCCCUGCUUGUCCUUGAAUUUGGGAUUAAAGACCACGAUUUUGAUGUUGCUAGUGGAAACAGGACUAAGAAAAUGAAAGACAGCCCAGCUGAGUUACCGUAACUCAGCCGUGUCUGGCUAGAAGUUUUUUAUCAGGAAGGGUAAAAGCCGAUAGAGAACUGCUUUUCUGUGGGGAGUACUGAUGUUGCAUGUGUAGGAGUCUUUUUGCUAAUGCAGUAUAUGAAAGCACCCAUAGUCAGGUACUGCCUUGUAACAGCCUAACACUGAGAAGUUCAAAACUGUAACUUUCUUUUCUCCCAGAUUGUGUCAGCCUCCCUUGGACAUGAGAGGCUGAAUUUUGUAUUCAUAAGUGCUACAGUGAUUUUUCAGGCAGGCUUUUCAGGAAUCUGUGUUUCAAGACUUUUAUAAAUUCAUUUUAUAACCACAUUUAUGCCCAGUGCUAGGAAAAGUACAUUGGAUUGAAUGUAAGAAAUACGGCUGCAGAUGUUAUAGCAGAGUUUAUGAAGCACUUAGAGAAUCUGGAAAAGCAGCUGGGCUUAUUUCACUGGUAACUGUGUGCUUAUGCUGGGAAUUAACUAGGGAGAAUGAAUACCAGCUAAAGAGGUUAAGUAGGAGCUCAGCCCAAAAGAAAAGAAAAUGUGUAAGUUCUUUUGCUAGAAGCCACCUCAAAAAAUGACAGAACCACCUGGGAAAGCUCUUGCUUCCUCUGAAGAAGGAAGGACUCCUUUGUGGGCUUAGGGUAACUAGAAGACUCACUCUUUUUUGAGUUGGAUUAGCAUUACUGGCAUUUGUAUCUUACAUUGGUUGUCUUGUUAACCCUGGGAGGUGUCUAUUGAUUUCCAUGGGCUGAGUAGAGUCUCGUCUGCAGGUGCUGAUACCUUUGACUGUUAAGAAUAUUAAGACUGUUAAGAAUGAAAGUUAUUUUGGAUGCUGUGCUGAUCUAGUUAAAGAACUAAAGAAGGCUUGAUUUGAUUUGGUAGCUCAUUUCCCCUGGUUCUAUUGAUGAUGUGAUUACAGCACAAGACAGAUACUUUUUCAUAUUGAAAAUAGCAUGCCAGGUGUGUAUGCCAGCUGUGACGUGGUAUAUAGGGGGAAUGAAUGCCUUGGGAAUGGCUGAUGAAAUGAAUCCUAUGCAGUCUUUAACCAGGGAGUUCAACCUCUCUGUACCAGAAGGACCUCCCAUAACUUCAAAUAAACAGUCUAAAUGCACCAGUAAGAUGAAGAUGGGUAAAUACUGUUUUAUUAAAUGAAUGCAAAAGCUGGAGGAUCUCAUUAAGGGAAUGCUUGCAGUGGUGCUUUGUGAUUUAUAGGGGAGCUGCUUUUGAGAGGUUAGUGAAGAAAAAUGCAUCCCUUGCAGGGAAAGAUGUAUUGCCUAAGAGAGGAAAUGUAUGAUCUAAUUAGCUAGCAGUAGGGAUUCACCCACUGCCCCUUUCCCUCUUCUCACAGGCCAUGACUAGAAUUAGAAAAAAGGCUGUGUCUAAAGCAUGUUUCCUAACUUGCCUUUGCAGGACUAUUUCAAGCACUAAAUUAAUGUCCUUCAAAGUGGUAUGUUUAAGAAUAAUCAUCUCAGUCCUUCCAAAUGCAUUUUAAAAGCAUCAUAUAUUGUCCUUCCUGGCUAAUGUACUAUAUAAUACCAUCAUGGUGAAGGUGAUGCUUGUUGCUAUUUUCUUAGCUUAUACAUGACCUUGUUGUAGAUACUAGUAGUGAGGAGUGGGUAUAGGACAUGGGAGCCAAAUAUGGGAAUGCUGUGGAAAACAGUUUUGUGUCUGAAGGAGCUUAGGGUAGCAACUAGGUGAGCAGGCUGAGUUAACAGACUGGGCCAUUAUUAAGUUUCUCUUACUAUGUUCAGUAACUGUUGUGGCCACAUCUGUAGAGUGUGAAUUCAUGUUUGCUGCUUAUAGCCUUAGCAUCCCUCUGAAUUACAGACACUGUGGAGAAGAAUAGGAUAAAGGCAGGAAGCUGUCUGCUGACCAGGAAGCUUCUUGUCAUGUUACAGCUCCCCUAUUUUGUCCAGUUGUGCAGUACUGCAGGUGCUCAGCAUGGGUGUUACAACUCAGAGGAGACCCAGCUCAAUCAGAACUGAAAUUUCAAAAGAAGUGGGAGGAAACGAAAAAAGCCUUUAAUUGUUUUCCAGAGAUACAUUGUCCUUCCUGUUCCUGCUUGCUUGUUUGAUUAGACAAAAACAUUCUUUUCUCCUGGGAGUCCCUCCCUCUUACCUUUCCUUUGGUCCUUGUGGUUCUGCUGCACAGAAUCCCUGUUAUACUUGUGCCCUGCUUUACUUAGCUUGAUACAUCACCAGCUGAUUUUUUUUUUUUUUUUUACCCUUCUAAUUUCUGCAUUAUCUAUUCCCAAGGCUGCAAGACAUUUCUUCUUAGAGAGUUUAAUAGAUGAAAGAAAACAGAAGUGGAAUUUUUAGUCAAAUUGUCUUGGAAAAAAAGAGCCUUAAAAAGCUGACUUUCUGAAAUUUCACUGGAAAUUUGUCUGUGUAAAGUUGUCAUGUUAAAGAUGCUUUAAUGGUUUGGUUUUGUCUUGCCAGGCAUAUUCUGCUCUGGAGUGAAAUGCAGGAUAUAAAACUCCAGAAAGAUUAGGUUUUAUUGUGGGAGUUAAUAGGAAUUUCAAAGCUGAUCAUACUGUGAUAAGAUCUGUUCAGUCUUAACAAUAGAGUGGUCACUGCUGUUCAUAAUAAAGCAUUAAAUAUACUGAAAUGGGGCUGUCAGAACAGUUUCUUCUGUAGAGACUUAAAACUUAAGAAAGGCCAUCUUUCAGAAAACUGAUCUGAUAAAUGACACCAUUUUGACCAGGGUUAUUUCUGAUAUAACUCCAGUGACUUAAAGGGCUGGAUUUAGUCUUUUAUGCCAAUUGGCUCCCCUGGGUAAGCUUCAUUUCUUUACCCACUGUACAUCUUGGACCGAUCUGACCUGAUAGCAAAAGACACAUGAUGUUGUUGAAAAUGAAAUACUGCCUUGGGGCAGAAGGAUAAACUGUGUGGCCUCCUGAGGUCCUCCCAGCAAUACUUUCUAUAAUUCUAUUAGAUUAAGUGGGGAAAGAAGUAGUGUGGAAAGCACAAAACAGGCUAAGUCAUAAACUAGCAAUUAAACCGGGAGCUGGGCUGGGCUAGGGCAGAACACAUACAAUCUAUCCCAAUUAAGGGCUGUAUCUCAAGAGAAACAAGGAGCCUGAUGCAGGUGCUGACAGCAGGGAAAAUGCUGCGUUUCCGUUCUGGAGGCAGCAACUGCUUUCUACUGGUGCUUAAACAGAUCCAUGGGGGUCCAUACCCUGCUCAAGGCUCUGCUCUGCUUUUAAUAAAUACUGUAUCUAUGAUGUUCAGGUGGCAACUGUUUGCAGUUGUCUCCUCUGCCUGCAAGAGGCCAGCAGUGCAAUGGCAGAGUAUCUCCUAGCAGCAGAAAGACAUUCCUAUUCUUGACACCUGUGUGAUGCCCCCCUCCCCACCCUGCCCAUGCAUUUGUUGUCAAUCCUUUUUGUAUAUCAUAUCCACUUCUUAAUGGAGAAUACGCACUUCUUGUUCUUAGCAAGUAAUUUUCCUGUCUUGCCGCUGGUACUCCAGGGAAGCUGGGGCUAAGGGACUUCUAGGACCUUCUGGAGCAGAGGUGGAGUCUGAGAGGGAGCUUUUCCAAGGGCCGUGUUGGCCCCCACAACAUCUCUCAGCCUAAAGGCACAUCAUCUCUGUGCUGCUCUCAUCCUAUUUCCUCCUCCUGCUGUCAUCUUGCCUAGAGAACAAUGUCUUCUGUGCCAGUUGCCCUUGGCUCUGCUGACCCGGAACAGCAAUGCUUGGGGGAGGGAGAAAGAAGAUUGCUACCCGAUCUCAACUCUUUUCAGGGCUCUUUAGCUGUUGUUAUUCCCAAUCCAAGUCACCGGAGAGAUGGGGAAGUUGCUCAGCCUAGAGUGUAAUUUUCUGUCAGAAGACCCCCAGUUGAAUCCUGGCAGCCUGAUCUUGGCUCUUUAGAGCUUGCUGCAGUGUAACUUUCACAGAUACUGGCUGUUCUCGAGAAGAGACUUGGAGUUUUGGUGUUGGUUUGGUUUUGUUUGUUUGAUUUACUCCUUGGGGGUCUUUCUCUCAUUCCUCUGUCACAGCUUCACAUAUUUCCUCCCCUAGAGCUGUUUGUCAAGAGAAGCCUGGAAUCACUCUCUUUCCUGGUCUCUGAGAUCAAAUCCAAAUCUGGCAACGUUGAAAAGGGAAAAGUGACAGAGCCUACAUGUCAAGCUGGGGUCAGGGAUGGGGUCACUUUUGAUGAGUUUCCCUCCAGCCAGAUCUGCAUCAAUUGGAGAAAUGUGGAGCCUGUAAUCUUUCUGCACAAGUACUAGAAAAAUAUACAAUAUGAGAGCUUCAAGUUAGGGGCAGCAAGCAGAAAGCUGUAAGGGCAGAAAUUAUCAGCUGCUUUGUCCCAAAGAGGGGACAAGCAGGAGCAAUAGGGGAAUAGGAAUAUGUAGGAAAAAGUGGGGUCUGUAUCUCUUCAUGAAGAGCCCAAAGGUUUUGCUGAGGCAGAGUUGGAGGGGUGGGAACACCUAAGGCUUUUCCCAGCUUGUGGAGUGAUGUAUGGAAAUAAAGUGGGAGGAAAAGUAAUUUUUGCAUGAGCCAUUGAGGGGAAAUGAGGAUACAGGGUAGAGCUGGGUAAUGCUGCAGGUGGGAGGGCAGGUAAGAAUUAAUAACUGAUCAGAGAUUUUCAGGGUGAAGACCUUGGGGCCAAGGACAGUUUGGGGAAUUCAGAGCCACGAUGAGUAAGGUCAAUGGUAACCACCAGUUUAGGUUCAAGAGGUGGGGCAUGCGUUAGAACAAGGCAGGAUGAGUUAAAGGUUGCAUGAGACCAGGGUUCGAUAGGGCAGUAGCAAGAAUCCAGAAUGAUAAACCUACGAGUACUACGGGAUAAGAACAGCAAGCUGUGAUACUGUGAGGAGCAGUGGCUGGAGAAGCCAUAAAAAACAGAGAGGGUAAGCUAAGGACACCAUCAGACUGCCAGAGUGGAAGCGUGUGAAGAGCUGUUGGAAAUCCAGAUUGAGUACAGUUCUUCAGAGGGGAUUUCUGAGUGGAGGGAAAUAGACGCCUACAGUUGUUACCCCCACGUCUUUGUAGCAUUUAAAACACAAAUUAGUUCCAGCACUAGCUCAGUUUUCUUUUGCCAGAAAGUGGGGUGAUCUAUUCUUGUUUAAACCUUUCCUUUUUCUGGGGGGGAGAGGGAUGGGAAUGACAAAAACUUGUGCCUAAUUUUGCUGCAGCACCCUGACUACAUUAUGUUCAUCCAUUCAGGGAACAGAAAGAGAACCUGCACCUCACCCAAGCAAGCAGAAGUGCCCACUACAACUUGAGCAUCGGCUUCCCACAAUGAAAACUUCACAGUCAGUUCAUACAGCAGACCUCCCCAGAAUAUCAGUAUUUAACCUCAAGCAACAGAAAAAUACAAUGUGUAUGAGAUCAAUGUAAAGCAGAUAGAAAUCACUCUUUCAUGAAUAAAAUUAAAUACAAUAAAAAAUGCCUUCCGCUCUGCAUGGCAGG